CCACCUUCCCCUUCCCCCCCUGCUACUGCCACAGACGGAGAGAAAGAGAGCCAUGCAGUCCUUCAGUGAGCGCAGUGGGGGCUACCACACAAACCCAGGCUGCUACCAGCCGGAGCCUCAGGAGCUAUCCCGUCUGGAGACCUACCGACAACACCCUCACCACCCCCAUCCCCAGCACCCACACCCAGGACCCGGUCCACACCCUGGCCCAGGCACCGGACAGCAACAACACACCCGCCCCGGCUACGAGGCUCACCCCCUGGCUACCCCCACGGGCAUGCCCUCCUCCGGAGCCCCAGGAAGUGGGGGAGCACAAAAGGACUGUUACAGCCAGCAGACCUACCCCGGCUAUCCAGGCAACAGUGCUGGAAAUGGAGGUGGAAAUGUUGGCUCAGUGCCCCCUCAGGCAAAGAAGCCCUACAGGGGAAGCAAAGUGCCUCCCCCGCCACCCAGCCAACACCUACAGGGCCCUUCCGGCUACAGCAACCACCUCGGCCCCGGGAGUUAUUCAGCCCAGUAUAUGGCCGAGGGCCAAAUCCAGCAGAAGUGGGAAGACCCAGGCCAGCUAACCCAGUAUGAGCAGGAGUUGGUGGGCCGUAUGGAGCCCGGCGUGCCCCCUACCCCUGGCUCCUCCCAGUACAUGGAGCAGAACAUGCUGGGCCACUCCCAAGGCCAGUGCCACCAGCCUUCCAACCCUGUCUACACAAGCCCCCACCACCAGACCCACCCCUCUAACCCAGCCCCUUCUUCACUCAUGUACCCACAGAGCCACCUGCACUACCCACAGCACUCCCCCUCUCCUUCCCCAUACAUGGAGAAGUGCAGCCCUAUGCCCCACUGUUACAAAGGCUACAACAUGCCUUCCAAUUCACAGUAUAGCAGACAAAUGAGUAGUCACCCAAGUCUGAAACAGGCAGGCUACAGACCAAGCCAAAACAGUUACGGCUACCAGCAGCCUCCCUCUAGAGUCUAUGAGUCCCAGCCACCGCUACAGGCUAUGCCAAGUACACAGGAGUCUCAUUCUAAAUACUACGGCCAACCCCAGCAAAACUACUGUCUGUCAGAGCUGUCUGUCAGAUCCCCUGAGCAGUAUUAUCAAACAUGCAGCCCCUCCUCUAGUCACUCUCCAGCACGCUCUGUAGGCCGUUCGCCAUCCUAUAGCUCCACCCCCUCCCCACUAAUGACCAAUCCAGAGUCUUUUCAGUACGGCCAACCUCCCAUGACCCCCGGGGCAGCUUCAUCCUCUUCGUCCUCCUCAGCAGCCAUGCAGGACCAAGGUAGCAGCGCCACCAUGCUAAUGCCCCCACGCUCACAUCCCUCCCCAAACGUGCCCCAAGUGGCAUCACAAAGUUACACCACCACCUCACAAGGCCCCACCAUGAAGGAACGAUUUUCAGAGAAGCUGCUCUCGAACCCCAGCCUGUGGAGCCUGAACGCCCUCACCUCUCAGGUUGAGAACAUCUCCAACAAUGUCCAACAGCUGCUGCUGUCAGAGGCCCUGGUGGCCAACAAGAAAGGCAGCAAGCGUAGCAGUGGUGGAAGUAACAGCAGUGUUGGCAGUGUAGGUUCAUCUAAGAAGGGGGAGGACUAUAAAAGCCUCACAUAUCCAGAUGGUGGUGGCGUUGGUGGGGUUGGUGGAGGCCCGAUGCAAGACUCAUACUCCACGCCUCAACAACAGCCACUACCCAUGGAGUUACAUGAAGGAGGCUACUCAAGUAGCAGUGAUGAGCAACUGGAAAGGGGCUACUACUACUGCAGCCAGGGCAGGAGUCCAGCACAGCCACCCAACAACACUCAACUCAGCCAUGACACAGGCUCCUCAUGUUCCAUGACAUCCCCAGAUGAUAUGUCCACCAGGUCUGGGGACUCUGGUCUCCAAAACCUUACCCCGGAUCCUAGGUAUCAAUCAGGGCAGGGAAGUGAUGGCAUAAGUACUCCAGCAAAGAGUGUAGGGGAUGAUAGGUCUCCUACCUGCAUGAGUAUCCAUAGUCCUUUGAAACAAGAGAGGGACUCCCCUCCAGAUAUACAACGAAUAAGUGAACAUGUUAAAGAAAACUUUGAAGAAUCGGCAUGGACAGAGAAGCAGGCUGAAGAAGAGGAAGUGACACUGCAACAGACUCCCGACCUAAAGGACAGUUCUGUUGAUGAGAAGCUAGACAAAUGGUCAGAGGAUGAGAAGGGUCCAGCCCUCUUCACUAAAAUCAACAAAGGCAUGACAGAGAAAAGCUUCUGCUAUGAUGAGACAGUGUACCAAGGAAUUCAGCAUAAAUAUGACCCUGAUUCAAGAGAUUUUGUUGAGCAAUCUCCGGCUGCUCUCUCUGACUCUGGUCAAAAAGGACAAAUAGAGCGAGAUAUGAAAUUGGACGCCUUCAAGUCUGAGUCCCCAACUGCAUCAGAGAGCUCGCUGAAAACAUCCCCAUUCAUUUCAAGGGGUGACCUUGAAAGGAAUCAAUACUACACAGAGAAGGAUGACAGUUCGGAAAGCAACUCGCUAUCUCCCAAUGGCGAGGCCUUGGAUGGAGUCAACGAAGAAAAGAAAGAGAGCAGAGAUGAGGACGUGGUUGAAGAUGAGGCCAAUGAGGGAGGACAGGAGGAACAACCACAGCUGCAGCAACAUCUUUCCCCUCCUGUUUCGGCAGAGGUUAGUGACGACAUGGAGGAGGGGAGGGUCAUGAGCCAGCCAUCGACUGAGGGAAACAUACAUUAUCGCGAGGGGCCAGAGGUACCUUAUGGCGAUGCCUGCAGCAGGUCAAAGCUCACUGAUACCCACACUGAUGCAGACCCUAUGGGGACAGCUACCCACCGAGAUUCAGCAUCAACAGCAGUAACAGCAACGGAUGUUUCGGAAAGAGAGACAGCUAUCGGUGACACUGUUCCUCAACCUCAGUCUGCAAUGCCUGUUUUCUCGGUUCUAAAUGACAAUGCACAAAGCAGGGAUCAUAUUGACCACAGCGAUUCCAGGGUUCUGGAGCCUGACUCCCCCCAGCUGCCUGGGAAGUCAAUCCUUCCACCAGCCCCCUCCUGGGCAGACACUCCACCUUCCCCGAAGAAAGGGGAUGAAGACAUGGAACCAGGCAUCAGCUGCCCCAGUGCUGUGACCCCCUCCGCCAAGGCCGAGCCCGUCACCCCAUCUGCCCAGCCACGGGCAUUCGGACGUAAACAUGCCAGGAGCAGAAGAGUCAUGCAGUCAGGGGUUGGAAUCAGACGCCAGCUGAGCUUGGAGAGAGAAGAGGAGAAGGAGGAUGAAGCAGCUCCCUUGCCGGAAAAAAAACUCUGCAUAGCCCCGAGCAAAACUGUUUUGUUCUCAGAUCAAAUGGACUUAGCGCACCAAGAAUCUAUUUUGAGCCAGACACCCAAAUCAUUAGCUGAAGGCUUCCGUUCUAGAAUGUGCACUCGCUCCUUUAAUGCACCAGAUAUUGCCACAAAAAUUGAGCCCAACGCAAAGAGAAAACCAGGGCCUAAACCAUGUUUAAAACCAGAGUCCAAACUAGGUCCAAAAUCAGGAGCAAAGACAGGAGCCAAAGCAGGAUCAAAGUCAGGUCCUAAACCUUCUGCAAAGCCUAGAACUAAACCAGGACCAAAGCCUGGUCCUAAACUUGCUCAAGAACCUGUAUUCAAACCUGAGCCAAUUCCACCCGAUCUGUCCCUUGAAGUAGAGUCACCAGUUAAAAAAAAAACAGGGCCCAAACCUGGGUCUAAAACUGGAUCCAAACCAGCACUAAAGCUUGGUACAAAACUGGGCCCUAAACCGCUACUGAAUUCAGCAGAGGCUUUACCCCCUAAUGAUGCUGUAACAAUUAAGGCUACAGUGGGUCGUCCUAAGGGCUCUGUAUCUAAGGCAAAGAUAAUACAAAAGGAAGAAGUGACACUGCCAUCUAAUGGCAAAAAUAAUCUUAAAGCGACCAUGCUUCCAACAAACCUGGAUAGAAAUGCAUCUAAACAAGACAAUGAUAACACAAAAGUUUUAGGGAAAGAUACUAAAAAUAUGGUUUUAAGAUCCAGAAAGCCUGCCAUAGAAAAACCUUUAAAGGAGAAAGUAACAGUUCUAGAGGAACACAUUGUUGCACAAGGUCAGACAGAAAUAAAAACCAGUGAUUCGCUUAACAUUGAAGAGCUCAACAGUAUUGAACAGAAUCUGGAAUCUUUCAUCCCCAUGGCAGAUGAAAACAACAAAAAUAUCUUAAUAUCUACACCUGGCCAGCUCACUCCACCUCACCACGAUACUGUGCCUGAUGAAAGAAUGCUAGCUUGUCUAAAAAGAAAAGCCUGCCCUGAACCCCCCUCAACGGCGAUCAAGAAAAAGAGAGGCCCAAAACCCAAACCAAAACCACCACAAUUUGAAUCCACCAUAUUGGAACUGGCUCCAAAUGAACCCAAGGUAAAGGUUGUCAGGGGGUCUAAAAGAAAGCGAGGGCCGCCGAAGAAAACCUUGAGUUUGAAUAUUCCCCAGACCAAAGAAAUAACUCCACCUUUAGUUGACAGUGACACCAUAAUUGACGUGCCCCCAGUGGUUCCCCAAUGCCGAACAAAGACAAAGGUCCUACCGCCACGCAAAGGUAGGGGCCAGAAAUAUGAGGCAAUGGUGCAGAAAAUUUCUUCUCCCAGCUCUAAGAAACACUAUCUAAUGGCACAUAUCGAAAGCACUCUUAUUGAGGAUCCAACAUCCAAGGUCUCGUCUCAACAUGGCUUGGGAGAGAGUGAGAUGUUGGCAAUAGACAGCACAGAGACGUCUCUGAUAGAUGUUAAUAAGAUGGUUGAAGGACCGUUGAAAACCAGUGAAGUGAGUCACAAGAAUUUCAGUGAAAAGGAGGUUGGAGUAGAUAAAGAAAUAACUCAGAAAGAGGAGAGGCAAGAGUUAAAACGGGAUGAGUCCACAUCUGAGGGUAUAAGACAAGAUGUGAGAAAUGUGUUGUUGAUACCGGAGGAAUUGAGACCGGAGGAAUUGAGACCGGAUAAUUCUGACCCAGAAGAGAAGUGUGGGGAGGAACAAAUAGAGAGUCAAGGGAUACUAGUUAACGAGGUGAGUGACAGGGUUUGGGGCUCAGCAGACACAGGGGCCCAGAGAGAGUGGCUGCAGGAGCCCUCAGCGGGGGUACCCGCGUUAGCCACCAAGCCUGCCAGAACCAAGAGGAAGAGAUGGGCUUUGGUGGAAAGCACAGACGCCUCUGUGAUAAACAUGGAAGCCGGGAGCCUAAUAGUCACUACGCAGCGCCUGGCGAAACAGAGAGCCAUUAAGAACAACCACGAGAUGCACCUGAAGCAGAAGAGGAAGCGCAGGAAAGGCCAGGCCUCGGCGGAGGACGGGGAGGAAGUGGAGGAGACAAGUGCUGAGGUUGUAGAUCCACCACCCCCACCACCACCCACAGAGGAGGAGAGAGAAAUAAAGGCAGUGCCAAAACCUACAGAGCCCUUUGUUCCGGUUCCAAUUGGCCCCGAUACGAUGAUCACACCCAGCGAGGUCACCACCACAGAGCCCCUCAAAAAGCCCAAGAGAGGAAGGAAACCCUGGGCAAACCCCAGCCACAAGAAACGAGGGAAGGCCCCACCAGAGCCUAUCUCCAGUAAGCCUGGGAAGGUCCACAAAAAGCCAGGGCCAAAGCCAGGCAUGAAAGACGCCAUGGAAGUAAUUGAAGCAGUGGUGAGGGCGGCCGAAUGUGAACAGACAGAAAAAGAGGAGAGAGAGAAACUAGAAAAAGAAAAGAGGGAAAAGGUAACGAGGGAAACUGAGGAGGAGGGAAAAACCCACCAAUGUAUCGCAGGUCCUGGACCUGUAGUAACAGUAUCCGAAAGACGAACAGAGAAUAUUUCAAUGAAAAGGAUCAGGCGUAAACCUGUACAAGAGGAAAUUAACCCCUGCUUCCAUCCACACGUGCGUAUCAACAACUCUAGAGAUUUUUCCUCUUGGUGUGCAAUCAUUAAUAGCCUCGAGGAAGCAACGCCUAUUAUACGAUUUAAGAAAAAGCGCCUGGCUAAAAUGAAGAAUCCCAUCACGGCGGCAAAAGUAGUUCCACACAGCAUGGCAAUGCUCCAAGGUCCAUUAGUGAACAGGACCCUCAUCGACAGGUGUCUUACAUGUUGCCUGUGCGGAAAUUCAUCAAAUUACAGAGACCUGGGGGAUCUAUGUGGCCCAUACUACACGGAGGACAGCAUGCCACGUAAAAUCCUCUCAAGCAGACGCAUAGGAGGGUUCAGGGGAGUCCCGGAGAAGACCGAGGACAGUAGCAACAACAACAAUAGCAACAACAACAACAACAACAACAACAACAACAACAGCAGCAUCGCUGAGGAACCGUCCAGCUCGUCUACAAGUGACCCAGACUGUGGCACUGAGAAGGAGGUUAGCGCGGAAGGGUCUACCGGAGGGGGUAUUAGCAGUAGCCGUAGUAGUAGCGCUGGACAACACCACUGGCGCCACAGACGUCCUGAGGGAACCUUAGAGAGAUCAGGACCAGAGGUCGGUCCACGGAGACUCACGCUCCGUGAGAGGUUCAGGAGGAUAAAGCAGCUGAAGGACAUGGAAAGGGGGCAGGCUACGGGAGCGACCAGCCACCAGGUGGCCGGCACCAGUGGUCUUAGUGGGGUUGGGUCAUUCCAGAGGCUACGUGAAGAGGCGGAGGCCAACGAGCACUGGGCCCAUGAGAACUGCACCAUUUGGACCAGAGGUGUCAUCAUGGUGGCCGGGCGUCUGUAUGGACUUACAGAGGCUGCGAGAGCUUCUACACAAACGAACUGUUACAAGUGCCAGAUCGUAGGGGCAUCCCUCAGCUGCUGCUGGGGAGGCUGCAGUCGCAGAUACCACUACAUCUGUGCCAAAGAGAUAGGCUGCACCUUCCACGAGGUCGACUUCUCAAUCACAUGUCCCAAACACGAGGAUCUGUAAACUCAAUCCAGUGAAACACCACCACCACCGACCUCCACCCAUCACACCUCCCUCACAUCAGCCAAGUGUGAGCUGUGCACCGAGGCAGAAAAUAUCAAACGAAACUAAAACACAAGACAUCCUGCCAAUGUGCCCCCCCACCCUCUAUAUACCUGACCAGCGAGCUCGACUAGUGUGAAAGACUGAAAGGUGUUUCAGCCAAUGAGGCUAGGGCCAGGGCCAACUGCUGGAUGGUGUAGGAGCUUGCAGAAGUAAAAACAACACGAGAGAAAGGAUCCUCUGAGCUGUGGAGAUUCUUUUUAUCUCUCUGUCCCUCUCCUUGCUAACUCGAAGGGGAAAAAUGUUAUUCCGGACCGCUGGAAGGCAUGAGGGGUGGCAGCUGCAACCGUCAACGGAAGGAAGAGAGAGAGAGAGAGAGAAGGAAGAGAGAGAGCAGCGACGCUACAGAGACGAAGGAUCCCGGCGCCAAGGGCCGAGUGGACGGAACUCCCAGCGAAGUGUGUGUGGUGUGCAUGGGUGUACGUGUGUGUGAGUUCAGCCUGCGGAUGAGGUCACUAUCGUAUUCAGACACCUGGUGGACACUGAUUGGAUAGCUGCAGCACCCCCUGCGACCACCUUGUCAGAGGGGGCAAGAGCCACGUGGGUGUGAGGGAGAAUCCAAGAAUUGUCAUUCUAUGGAUGCGUCGCUGCACACGUUUGUGAGUGCAUUGUGUUCACGAGGCUGACGAAAAGUGAGCUGCUCCAAUUUGGACGGCGGCCAACCACUGGAUGUAUCACAUCUUCAUACAUGUUGAAAAAGAAAAAAAUGAAAAAAAAGAUAUUAAAUACUAAUAAAAAAAGGAAAUUGUAUACAAUUACGUGCUUUACAGGUUCUAAAUAUUCUGAAAUCGAUGAGUAAGGAAGAAGGAGGGGGAGGAAAAAGGACAGUAUUUUAAUAUAAUGCUCUUAUGUUCGGAGAUGUAUUUUGAUGUGCAUUCAAUGACUAUACAGUCACUUCAUUUUCAUUGGUAUAUACCGGACAUUGUGUUAUUAUUCAGCAUAGUAUAUACAAAAAUAUGACAAUAUGGGAAAAAAAAAAAGAAUAUGAGUAUCAUUGUCCCAUUUCGCUGUGAAUGCGUGUGUACAGGUGUACCGUACAUAAAGGUGUACAGUAGAUACGUGCUAUCGCUACCUGAAUGUGAGCAGGGUCCAACCGGAAAUCAGGUCAUUUUGUCUCAUGUCAAACCCAUAGUUAAACAGUCAUUGUAAUGUAAUGACGUCAUCGAUUUCAACAUAUUGUGAUAGCAGAGAAAGAGUUUACACACACACACAGUCAAGCCAGAUUUUUUGCAUUAUGUCUUGUUUGUCAAAUGUAGCCAUGGUCAUUCACCAUGCUACAUUUCAUCGGUUCCCUAUGUCUAGGGUAACAGUGGAUAGUCAUCUCAACUGGAGACAUAUUUAAGUGUUAGCGCAUUGAGAGAAAAAAAAAUGUUCAACACCAAACUCUUUUACAAAGCUCAUUAUUUAAUGGUGUAUAUAAGUAUUUGAUUCGGUUUAAAUGUAAGAUGUGAUGUACUAAUAUAAUUGUGUAUAGUAUUUCCUAGAGAUGUUUAUUUUCUAUAAAAUGGAAUAUGUUAUUGCUUAUAAAAAUGUUAUUAAAAGAAUCCAUUAAAAAAAGGAGGACCUUUUUUGGGAAUGUCACUUAGGUUGGAGCAUGCUGUUUUUAUUGAUUUCCUAUACAUGUCUGUUGAUUUGGAAUCACGAGCAUCACUUUGUUGGAAAUGUUUUUUGUAACGCCAAUGUGAAAUAUACCAGCACCUUUCAAUGCUGCCAAGACC